CUCUCUCUCUUCUCAUUUACAUUUCAGAGUCUCUCCAAACCCACCUCCUCCAAAUUCUUCCGAUUUCCAGCCGGGCGCCGGAGAGAUUCUGAGCAAAAAUCUGAACCCUUUCAUUUACUAUAAUUUUAGAUUCAUUUUUUUGAUACAUACAUACAUAUCUAUCCAUCUCUCUUGCUCCGAUUCACUUCUCGGUUCAUGGAUUCCACGUCUGAGAAGCUUUCGCCCUUCGAUUUCAUGUCCGCGAUCCUGAAAGGUGUGAAGAUGGACAAUUCCAACGGAUCUUCAGAGGCGGCCCCGCCGGCGCUCGUUGCGAUGCUCAUGGAGAACAAGGACCUCGUCAUGAUCCUCACCACCUCGCUCGCCGUGCUCAUCGGUUGUGCUGUGGUGCUCGUUUGGAGGCGUGCCGGCGGAUCGAAGAAGGUCGUGGAGCCGCCCAAGGUGAUUGUCCCCAAGGCCCGGGUCGAGCCCGAGGAAGUUGACGAUGGGACGAAGAAGGUUACCAUCUUUUUCGGCACGCAGACCGGCACAGCUGAAGGCUUCGCUAAGGCACUGGCUGAGGAAGCUAAGGCUAGAUAUCAACAGGCCAAGUUUAAAGUGGUUGACAUAGAUGAUUACGCUGAUGAUGAUGAAGAGUACCAGGAAAAGAUGAAGAAAGAAACUGUGGCAUUCUUCUUCUUGGCUACAUAUGGAGAUGGGGAGCCUACCGACAACGCAGCCAGGUUUUACAAAUGGUUCACAGAGGGAGAAGAGAAGGGUGUUUGGCUUAAGAAUCUUCAGUAUGGUGUGUUUGGUCUUGGGAACAGGCAGUAUGAGCAUUUCAAUAAGAUUGGGAUUGUGGUGGAUAACCUUCUUGCUGAGCAAGGUGCACAGCGGCUUGUGCCAGUGGGUCUUGGAGAUGAUGAUCAGUGCAUUGAAGAUGAUUUUACCGCUUGGCGGGAAUUAGUUUGGCCAGAGUUGGAUAAAUUGCUUCUUAAUGAGGAUGAUGCAUCUGCUACUACUCCAUACACUGCUCAAAUUUUGGAAUAUCGUGUUGCUUUCCAUGAUGAAGUAGCUGAGAAUGGCACUGCCAAUGGUUACGCCAAUGGAAAUACAGUGUAUGAUGCUCAGCAUCCCUACAGAGCAAAUGUUGCUGUAAGAAAAGAGCUUCACACUCCUGCAUCAGAUCGUUCUUGCACUCACUUGGAAUUUGACAUAUCCGGCACUGGACUAAAGUAUGAAACUGGUGAUCAUGUUGGUGUUUACUGUGAGAACUUGAUUGAAACCGUGGAGGAGGCAGAGAGGUUGCUCAAUAUGCCCCCACAAACAUAUUUCUCACUCUAUGCUGAUAGUGAGGAUGGCACCCCGAUCAGUGGAGGCUCACUGCCCCCUCCCUUCCCUCCUUGCACUCUAAGAACUGCACUAACACGAUAUGCAGAUCUUUUGAGUGCUCCGAAAAAGUCUACGUUCCUUGCUUUAGCGGCCUAUGCCUCGGACCAGAGUGAAGCUGAUCGGCUCAAACAUCUUGCUUCUCCUGCUGGAAAGGAAGAAUUCGCGCAAUAUGUAGUUGCAAGUCAGAGAAGCCUGCUUGAGGUUAUGGCUGAUUUCCCUUCUGCCAAGCCCCCACUUGGUGUUUUCUUUGCUGCAGUUGCCCCUCGCCUGCAGCCCAGAUUUUAUUCCAUCUCAUCUUCCCCAAAGAUUGCGCCUUCAAGAAUACAUGUGACGUGUGCAUUGGUGUAUGAGAAAACACCCACCGGACGGAUCCACAAGGGUGUCUGCUCCACAUGGAUGAAGAAUGCUGUGCCCAUGGAGGAAAGCCAAGACUGCAGUGCUGCACCGAUAUUUGUCCGAACCUCUAACUUUAGACUUCCCGCCGAUCCUAAAGUGCCAAUAAUAAUGAUUGGUCCUGGAACUGGCUUGGCACCGUUCCGGGGUUUCCUUCAGGAGAGGUUAGCUCUGAAGGAAUCUGGAGCUGAGUUGGGUCCGGCUUUGUUAUUUUUCGGAUGCAGGAACCGGAAAAUGGACUUCAUUUACGAAGAAGAGCUGAACAAGUUUGUGGAAGCAGGGGUAAUUUCUGAGCUUGUCUUGGCAUUCUCACGGGAGGGACCCAAAAAAGAAUACGUACAGCACAAAAUGGCUGAGAAGGCUUCAGAUAUCUGGAAUAUGAUAUCCGAGGGAGGCUAUGUCUACGUAUGUGGUGACGCCAAAGGCAUGGCACGUGAUGUCCACCGGACCCUACACACUGUUGUCCAAGAACAGGGUUCUCUGGACAGCUCGAAAACCGAGAGCCUUGUGAAGAAUCUGCAGAUGAACGGAAGGUACUUGCGCGACGUAUGGUGACGGAUGGACAAAGAUCCUGUGCUGUGCUGUGCUGUAAUAAUUACUACAACUACCAUUAUGAAUGAAUGAAUAUUAUUAUUACUAUCGUUAUUCUUGAUAACUUGGAAGUGAAGUGGAGUGGAGUGGAGUGAAUGCAACCGGCAACGCAAACAAAGGAAGCCCCAAUGCAGUGCGUGUUGUAAUGUGUAAUGUAAUGUAAUGUAAUGGCUUAGACAAUUUUUUUGUUCUUCUACAACGACAACUACUACCGAGUAUUUUAAUGUAUUGGGUGGGUACAUCCAUCCAUCAUAUGUUACACUAGUAUUUAUUUAUAUAUAUAUAUAUAUAUAGGCACAGAGAGAGACAGAGAGAGCAACUCUUGAUUUUGCAUCUGUGUUGUAAUUAAUUAUAAUAAUGCUUCAUCUGUUAAUUUUA